GUUUACAUUUUUUGACAUUUUGAGUAGCGUUUGGUUGGGCAGCCCUGCACGUUCAAUCGCCAAGUUUUUUUUGUGUGUGAAAAAAAUCUGCGUCUCACUAAAAAAUAGUAAUUUCUGGAAUAUCCUCAAUUUAUUCAAUUCAAGAAGUUCCUGUUCUGAAGACAAUGGAGGGACAAGACCUGAGUAAACCACCUACGAAAGGAUCGCAGAGCCUGCAGCUCCCGGAUGCCGGUUUUCGGACAAAGCGGACACGCACGGCAUCGACGUCUGCUCGUGCUCUUGAGAAUCCCGUUGAGAGAGGCACCAUCAAGUCGUUUUGCCGCAGUAAGGGUCAUGGCUUUGUAACCCCUCAAUCCGGAGGCGAAGAUAUUUUUGUCCACAUCUCAGACAUCGAAGGAGAGUACGUGCCAUUGCCUGGUGACGAAGUUAGCUAUCGGUUGUGUUUUAUUCCUCCGAAAUAUGAGAAAACUCAAGCAAUUCACGUCAAUAUCACCAACUUAACACCCGAAGUACAUACUAGAUGGGAAGAACCGCCUUACCAAUAAAACGCCACAUCAUUGUGAAUUUUGCACAGCAGCACAAUAAUCUAUGCCACAUCCAACUUUAAAAUAGAAAUUCCAUAAAAAAAAUACCUCUUAGCCUUUAGUGAUAAAUAUAAAAGCACACAAACAUAAAAAAAUUAUCCGUUUUGUGCACAAAAACUUUUUUUUUUCAAAAAUGAAUUCCAAGGGAGAAAAAACAUAAAAAAAAGUCUUUUAAGUUUACAAUAGAAGUUCACAGUAUUUACUUGAAAAAAAAUUACUUUUGUGAGUUCUUAAGCGUCCUGUUCGUAGCAAUUCGCUAUAUACAAAGUAGACUGUAAUUUGCAGAAAUAAUAACAUUGAAUAAAGAAAUAAUAAUAAUGCAGAAAAUUAGAUAUUUUGGAAAUGUUUUUAUAGAAGAAAAAUAAUUUACAAACAUAAAGAAUUAUAAAAGUUUCAUAGGAUGCUAAAAAAAAUAAAACAGGUUAAAGUUACUUGAUAGCGAUUUUUUGAUAGAAAGUGUUUACGAUGGUGGAAAAAAUGUAUAAUUUUGUGGUAAUUAAAAGCCAAUAAAAUUUAAAUGUUCAUCUAAAUGAAAAAAAAA